UCGAAACCCCCAGGUAGGGCGUGCCCAAAAGGAACAUAGAUAUCAAUGGGCUUCUUUGCCUCGUGUUACUCCUCAGGAUUGUUUCUUUUUGAGCUCUGCAUCUAUCUCCCUUCGAUCCUUUCUGUUUUUUGAUAUUGUUUCCAUUUCAGCGGUGCUGACACUGUUGGUCUCUUUCCCGGGCUACGUCUGUCCUUACCACUCGGGCCUUUUGCUUAUUGCGCUGGACGCUGGACACUCGUCGUUACUAAAAAGACAAUCAUAAUCUCUAAUCUCAGACAUGGCAAUGGAUCCUCGUCGGAAGAGCACAGGCAACGGAGCCUUCCUCAUCUCCAAUGCUCGCUCUCAAUCUACCACAAAGACGGACACCGCACUUCCGCCUCGACCUCGCAACCGAGUCUUAUACCGACUACACAAAUUCCGGACCGUCCUGCUGCCAAUCCUCCUGGUCUUGACCUUCAGCACGUUGAUCCUGGCGGCCAUCUACGCCUAUUGCGUCGCGAAGCCCUACACGGAUAUCGCAGACCGUCUGGCGACGGACGUCGACGCCGAAGCCAAUUCUUCCAUCUUCGGCAAACGGGACACGGCACCCUAUGCCUCCAACUCGGUAUCGAGCCCGGCGCCCUCGACGACCAACACGUCCAUCUAUGCCGCUGAAACCCAGCCCGAAACCGCCCUCCUGUUCUAUGCUCUUACCGCUCCGGGUCUUUCUCUGAUCCACCUCGUCCUGGAGCUCACCAUGCACCACAACACCCCUCGGCUCCUUUCCCUUCGCAAGGCCUACAUCGCCUUGCUCGCGACUUCCUCCCUCCUCGUCUGUGGCUGGAUCACCUCCCUCUCCCUGUGGAUGCACUGCGAACUCCCCAUCUUCAACCAAAGCAUCCCCGGCCAGGCCGUGUGCCCCGUGCAAGUCAGGGGCCACUUCAUGUAUGGCAUUCACGAAGUCAGCAUUGCAAGAAUCGUCGUGGGUUGGCUUGCCGUCAUCAUGUACGCAGGUCACAUGGUGGUGACGGUGAUGGGUUACCGGGCACAAAGGAGGAUCUGGAGGAUCAUUGGUCCUCAAAAGGGCGAUGGUGAUGUGGAAAUGGCACAUGGGGAGGCGAGGGUUACUGUGGUCAAAUUCGGGGACAAUGUGAAAGCCCGUGACGGAGCGUUGGCGAAGGAGACGGCCGUGGUAUGACGUUGUCGCGGACCCAUGAAAUUAUGAAACUUGCUAUCCACGGCGUAAUGUAAAUAUAACCGGCUACUGGGAUAGCCAUUUUGUUGAAAAAGGGAUGGGAUACAUCGUGAUCUUACCUUGAUCACCACACAUUGGCGACGCA